AUGGCCGAAGAAGAUAAUCAAUCACUUCAUAAUGAGAAUAAUGAGAAUAAUCAUGCUAAAACACUUAGAGACCACAUGAAUCCCACAAGAACAAAUAGGCAAAUGGUUGAAUUGAUGUGCAAUGGAACUUUUGAAGAUAAAGACCCUAAUGAAGCAAUGGAGUACUUAGACUUGUUAGCAGAAAAUGCUCAAAAUUGGGACACCGCGGGUACUUAUGAGGCACCGAGUAAAACUCAACCUCAUACAUCUAGUGGAGGUAUGUACAACCUUAGGGAAGAUCAUGACCUCCAAGCCAAGUUUGCAUCUUUAGCUAGAAAAGAAUGUCUCCAUGAACAAGCCCAUGCUUUAAACAGUUUCCAAAGGGCCAACCACAACCCAUACUCCCAAACAUACAACCCUGGUUGAAGAAAUCACCCAAAUUUCAGUUGAAAGAGUGAGAACAACAGUGCACAAACUUCACAACCACCGUUUCAAGCACACCACAAUUUCCAAAAUUCUCAUGGAUAUGUACCUCCUUAUUCUCCACCUUCUAGAAAAAAUCUUGAAGAAACAUUGCAUGCAUUCAUUGAAAAGCAAGAGACAAUCAAUACUCAGCUUGCUCAAAACAUGACAGAUUUUAAAGAUACUUUUGCAAAAUUAACAUUUGCUCUCAGUUUCCAAGAGAAAGGUAAGUUUCCAUCUCAACCACAACAAAAUCCCAAAGGGCAAUACAAUGCAAAUGCAAGUAGUUCCGGAAGCCAACACAUGGAUGAAGUCAAAUCAGUCACUACUCUGCGCAGUGGUAAGGUUAUUGAAAAACCCUCUCUUGAACCUUAUGAGAAAGAUGAUGAGUCAAUCUCUGAGGGUAAGGAAGGGGUUGAAUCUGAAAAUUGCAAAGAAAAGACCGAUUCACCACCAGCACUUCCAUUUCCUCACGCCAUGACCAAACAAAGGAAAGUCAAUCACAACUCUGAAAUUUUUGAAAUUUUCAAACAGGUUCCUUCCUAUGCUAAAUUUUUGAAAGAUCUAUGCACUGUGAAGAGGAAACUGAAUGUGAAAAAGAAAGCCUUUCUAGCCGAACAAGUAAGUGCUAUUCUUCAGAACAAUAAUGCUUUGAAAUAUAAAGACCCUGGUUGUCCUACAAUUUCUUGCUUUAUUGGAGAGCAUAAAAUUGAAAGAGCCUUACUUGAUCUUGGAGCUAGUGUGAAUUUACUUCCAUAUUCAGUUUUUCAAAGUCUCAAUCUAGGACGUCCGUUUCUUGCAACCUCUAACGCAUUGAUUAAUUGUAGGAAUGGACUGAUGAAGCUAUCAUUUGGAAACAUGACAUUGGAGAUGAAUAUUUUCAACAUUUGCAAGCAACCUGGAGAUGAUAAUGAUUUGCAAGAAGUAGAUCAUAUUGAUGAAUUAGUUUAUGAUCAACUUGAAUCUACUUUAAGUAAAAAUGAAUUGGAUGAAACUGAAGAUUUG